ACAGAUGCGCUAUAAUAAAAUGUACGAUUCUUCGCCUCCCCGCCCCCGCCUCGCACACCCGCUCGCGCCGCCGCCGCCGCCGCCGCAUUACUCUGCGAACCUAGACCCCCUCCGCGGCGGCUUCGAGCUUCCCCAGCCAUGACGUUCAAGCGGAGGAAUGGCGGGCGCAACAAGCACGGGCGUGGCCACGUCAAGUAUAUCCGGUGCUCCAACUGCGCUAAGUGCUGCCCCAAGGAUAAAGCCAUCAAGCGGUUCUUGGUGAGGAACAUUGUUGAGCAGGCUGCAGUGAGAGAUGUGCAGGAGGCUUGUGUGCAUGAUGGAUAUGUUCUUCCCAAGCUGUACGCAAAGGUUCAUCACUGUGUCUCAUGUGCAAUCCAUGCACACAUUGUUCGUGUUCGUUCUCGUGAGAACAGGAGGAACCGUGAGCCUCCGCAGCGCUUCAGGCGCAGGGAUGAUGGCCCGAGGCCAGGCCAAGGUCCGCCCCGCCCAGGUGGUGGCGCACCUCCCGCAGCGGCUCCUGCUGCUCCUCGCACCUAAGUUGAGGAAUGUGUUUCAGGGCUUAGUUUUGUCACCGAUGGGAUAAUACACUAUCCCUGUUUUGAGAUAAGCAAUGUUGCUGUAUCCGGUUCAUUUUGUUUAGCACAAUUUUUGUCUGCUCUCACCAUUGUUCAUCCAUAUGUUCGUGAUGACACUGAUAUAUUGCAAUAUGAAGCUGUUGGUUUUGCCGGUUUCAAAUGUGACAAAAA